AUGCAUAUCCCAACCAUCCUCGAGGCCGCCACUCUUGGCCUGGCAUUCUUCACCGCCGCCGCUAUCGCUGCUCCUGUUCCCGCUAGGAUGGAUGAUGGAACAAUGGCAAUGGUUAGCCGCUCAGCCGAGCUUGCAACCGCGGUCUCUGCCGCCUUGGAGAUGGGUGCCGGCGAGCUGAACCUCCUCGAGGAGCGCGGCAAGAAGAAGAAGAAGGGAAAGAAGGGAAAGAAGGAUCAACUGACACCCAGAGCAGGAAAGAAGGGAAAGAAGGGCAAGAAGGGCAAGAAGGGAAAGAAGGGCAAGAAGGGAAAGAAGGGAAAGAAGUUCCCCCGUGCUGAGGAGGACAUCGAGGAGACCAACCAGGAUAACGAGCCGGUCUUUGAGGAUAUCGAGCAGCGCGAUCUCAUCGGCGACCUGAUCAAUGGCAUCAACGGGGUCAACCCCACCGAGCCCAUCGACACUCCUCAACCUGUUGAGGAUGCCGGCCCAUCUCCUUCUCCUGCUCCGGCUCCGGCUCCGGCACCCCCCAAGGCUCCCGGCGCCACUCCCCCGGCCCCUCCCGCCGCUCCUCCCGCGGCUCCUGCUCCUGCUCCCAAGCCGCCUGUGGAGGACGCAGCGGAUUUCGAGGACGCGGCUUUUGAGGAGUUUGACGAGGAGGAUUAG